CCUUUGAACGAAACAUCCUCAAAUACCCAAAACCUCAAGAACGAUCCAUCAAUGACUAUUCUUCUCCUUCCUCACCACAAAAGGGAUUCCUCUGGCCAUUCCUUCUCUGUCGUGAACCUCUCCGAUGACGUCAUUUCCUCUGACGUUUCUUCUUCCUCCGUCUCACACAGACUCCCACGAAAGAUGUCAUUGGUGAACGCGUCGCACGCUUCCUCCGUCUCACCUCCUCCGUCUCAUCCUCGGUUACUUCCCCGCUCAUGAAGAUUGUCCUCAUCGCGAAUCUUGAUCUCGGCGUCGCCGAUGAUAACCUGAGGACGGUUUAUCCUCGUGGAGUUAAGUCGCGUUACUCUCUUGGAAUCAAGAUAGAGGGUUACGUCAACAGCGACGAAGGGGACGAGGAACAAUGUGAGGACGAGUACGAUGAUGAACAUUAUGAUGAGGUGAUAUCAAGAACCGUGAAGGUAAAGAGAGACAGAAUUAGGAAGCGUGGGACGAAAGAGUUCACGAAGCGUGGGUGCGUCUACUGCAAGUACGGGCUCGGCAUCAGAUUCAGGUGCUGAAUGAUGUUUUCGAUUUCUGUAAAUAU